AUGAUGAAAACAGUCGUCUCUGCUGCUGGCCUCGUCGCCGCUGUCUCUGCCUUCACCCAGCCAGUACAGCCACCAACCUAUGGCUCGCUUUUGCGUCCUGACUCGAACACUCCUGUCACAACUGGUCAGACUUACGAGAUUACAUGGACACCCACACCAUCGACCCCAGAUGGCACGGUCAGCUUGGUACUUUGCAAUGGCCCAAGCUCAAACUGUGUCCUCCAAUCAUCUGCAAUCAUCGAGCGCGUCCCAGCAAGUGCUGGAAAGUACUCAUGGAACGUGCCUUGCACUCUUGCAGAAGGGGUUCAAUCAACAGCCUCUGGUUAUGGUAUGCUUGUAAUUGAGGAUGGUACUGGUCGUUUCCAAUACUCGACACAAUUCUCUGUUCAGAAGGGCGCAUCCUGCUCAUCUUCGUCCUCGUCCUCGAGCACAACCACUACUGCCUCUCCCACUUCCACCGCAUCCUAUACACAUGCAGCAUCUGGCUGGUUAGAAUGGAACAGCACCUCGAGUGUUUCAACCUUGAGCACCAGCACUACGUCAGCAGUGCCAAUCACAACCACAACCACAACCACGUCCGCUCGGACCACAUCUGCUGCACCAGUGACCACAAGCUCAAGCGUCAGCUAUACCACCAUCAGUGUCCUUAGCUCUUCAGCAGCUGCUUCCACGUCUGUUUCUGCUUCGACGUCUGUCACUGCUUCCACGCCUAUCACUGCUUCCACGUCUGUCACUGCUCGUCCAUCGACCUUCACUGGUGCUGCUGCACUGCCAACAGCAUUUGUCAAUGUAGCUGGUCUGGUCGGUGCUGGUUUGGCUGUACUUGCAUUGUAA